GUUUUCUUUUCUUUCCUCUCCGAACUUCAUCUCCUUCUUCCAUCCGUGCCUCGAUUACUUCCAAAAUAAAUGUAGCAUUAGAAAUAAAUUCAGUAAAACGAUACAAUUUAUUAUCGCGUGGAUCUAAAUUUCAUACAUUCUCACUCGUGGUGGGUGUGCGUCCUCUUUAAGCUGUGCAAAUUAAGUGGUUGGUGGUGCCAAGAAAGCGAAAUCGCAUAAAGUAGAGUUUUGCGAAUCAGUAAAAGUUCACAUAAGAACAUAAAUACAUACGUGCAUCAGUAAAGUAUUAGCAAAUGACAUGAAUAUCGAACUACUUUUUUCUUAAGGAUAUUUUGCGAUGGUGUGAUGAUCCCGGGUACGUCACGCGUCCAUCCCGUACAUCCAUUCGUACAUAUGUAUAUAUAUUUAGUUGCAGUUUUGCAUAUGUAUGUGAAUUUCGCAUGGUUUGAUUGAACUUUGAGACGAAGAAGGGCGACAUGCAGUAUUGCAAGUAGUGUGUACAUACAUAGAAUAGUGACAAUUUUACUGACAUAUCAUCACAACAACAUACUUAAUACAUUAAGAUAACAUUGAAAAUUAUGCACAUUUAGUUUUAUGCAUGAAGACCAAUCAAAUCCAGGGGUGUAAUCGAAAUCAAUGAAAUAGAGAAACAUAAAAGUUGACUUUUUGAGACAAGUAGAAGUAGAGCAUGUAAAGGGCAAGAACAAUGAGCAGGACAAGGAACACUUUGCAACACAUUUACAUGAGUACGUAACGACGAGCCAGUUAAUUUAGUGAGAUUUUGCUCAAGUGGUAUCAAUUGAGAUUCAUAAAUAUAACAAAUUGUGCUUUUGUUUAAGAGAUUUAAUAAAGAUUCAAUUCAUGCAGUGUUUCGUGAUGUGAUGUGAUUUCAGUUUUUUUUGGUACUGCAUAUUUACUCUUGGAUUAUUUAGUUGAUUAGUAAAUACGUAAAGGCUUCCCUGAUCGGAAUACGAAAUCUCAAAGUGGAAUGCACAUGGAAUUUAAUCCUGUGGAAAGAUUUAUUCCCAGAACCAGACUAAAAGUGUAACGUGUAGAUAACUUCGAAUAUUUAUUGUAUAAAAAUAUCCUGUUAGAAGUUUAGUUUGUAAAAUGACUCAAAAAAUGGAAGGAUUCGACGGAGUUUUAAAUCAGGUCGGGACAUUUGGGCGAUUCCAAGGUUUAGUCCUGUUCUGCAUGACGAUACAAGCUUUCCUCUCAUGGCACCACUUGUCGGCCGUAUUCCUCGCCGCAGUUCCACCGCAUUGGUGCAAAGUAGACGAUUUGGAUGAAUCGGGCUGGACUUUGGAACAAAUUCGCAACUUUUCUAUACCAAAAUCUGCCAGAGCUGGAUCUCCUUACGCGUGGGAGCCUUGCUCGUACUAUGAUUUCAACUACACUCAAAUUCUGACCGAGUCCGGAUCGUCGUUUGAGACUGCUUUCUCCUCAACUUUCACUUCCGGUGAUGACGACGGUACGACCCUUCCCGUUAAGGAGUGUGUCACCGAGUGGAACUGGGACAGAAGUGUGUACAACUCGACAGUAGUUUCGCAAUUCAAUCUCGUCUGCCAUCGUCGCCUCCUCGUCGGUACGAUUCAAGGCACUUACAUGGGUGGCGUGCUUAUCGGGUCACUAUUCUUUGGCUCACUAUCUGACCAAAUUCUAGGACGACGUCGAUCCGCCCUAAUUUCUCUGUUUGUCUCGCUCUUUGGCGGAUUUGGUUCGGGGCUGGUAACUUCUUAUCAAUUGUUUCUCCUCUUCCGAUUCAUCUUAGCAGCCGGGGUGGCCGGAAGUUAUCAAAAUUGCUACGUUCUAAUGUUGGAAUAUGCCAACCCAGCAGCCCGUGCCAGUCUUGGAUUGCUCGGCCAAUUAUCUUUCGCCUUGGGAUACAUGAUGCUAGCUGUUUUGGGGUAUUUCUUCAGAAGCUGGGAAGAUUUUCAGUUAGUCUCCACCGGGAUUGGACUUGCUCUGAUUUCAUAUUACUGGAUCCUCCCAGAAUCCGCACGUUGGCUGUUGCAUCGUGGUGAUUAUGAUGCUGCAUACAAAACGCUGUCCUACGUGGCUAAAAUUAACCGAAAAUUAAUCCCCGAGAAGGAAAAACUUAUUCAAAUCUUUCACCAACAUCACAACGGAGAAAAUAAUCCGUCCGUCUCUACAAACAACGAAUCAAAGCUCAACGCUCGCCACGCAAACAAAUUGUGUUCCAUCCUCCUCGUCAGUGUCGACAAUUAUUGGAAACUUUUAAAAACACGGGAAAUCAGGAAACGUACAUUAUUAAUUUGGUCACUCUUUAUAAUUGUGGAUCUCGUCUAUUAUGGCGUUGUCUUCGAUUCCGCGACGUUAACCAAUGAUCCGUUUCUUUUAGUUUUUUUGGCCGGACUGAUGGAAGUGCCUGCUUACACAUUGGUUAUCCCUUGUUUGACCAUUUUGGGUAGGAAACCGACGGUCAUUGGGACAUUUACGCUGACGGCGGUGUGUUCUUUCAUCGUAGCGUAUACUCCCGCAGAAUAUGAACUUAUCAGAGUUGCUGUAUCGAUGUCGGGGAAGUUGUUUAUAACGACAUGUUUUGCAGUCCUUUAUCUUCUGGGGGCCGAACUUUUUCCGACCUCGACACGAACAACAGGAUUAGCUUCUGCCGUAAUAUUUGGACGGUUGGGAUCUAUCCUGGCUCCAUUUAUUGUUGAUUUGGUGAAAACUUCAUAUCGAGACUUGCCCAAUAUUAUAUUUGGCUUGGUGUCCGUUGCCGCGGGUCUGCUAUCGUUAUUACUUCCGGAAACCAAAGAUUCAGAAAUGUUUGAUGAAAUUACAGAAUUAGAGAAAAAUGGGAACAAUAAUCCUCCUGUCAGUGUUCAAAUUAAGCUUAAUUCCGGCUUAGACAUUGGUUCCGCCGUGGACGAGAAGUCUCGAACUGAAAGUAACGGCGGCUUGUCAGGAACUAGUAAUUACGUUAUUCAUAAUUCUCCGUGAUUGUCUGUGAUAUCAUUUGUACAAAAAAAGCUUAAUGCAACCUAGUGAAUAAAAGUGUAAGAAACAAUA